AUGUUUGUCAUGCUAUCAAGUGCUUCCGACAUUUUCAGUUUAAGUGCUGAACAGCUGCAAUAUAUUCCGAAGAUUGUUUUACUGCAAAAGUGCGGUUAUUUCGUAGAAGAUUUGUGGGACAAGCUUCCGGAGCACAUCAAGGCAGAUCCGGAGAUGAUCCAAACCCUCAUCCUGAAUAGGGAACUGGUGGUGCCGAGAGUAUCGGUUAUUGAGGAGGAGGAGGAGGAGGAGAGGCAGGGACGUAGGAAGUGGUGGGAGCCCACUGAGGAACAGUGGAUCAGGUCGCAGAGGGCGUGGAGGCGGGAGCAAUUGAACUACCUGUGGGGCGACAUCCAGUGGCUCCGCGAUCUAGAGGACCACUGCCCGGAAAUCAUGGAGAACGCGUUCGACCUGGUGGAACUGUUCGAUCCACCAGAGCCGUUCGAUUGGGGCCCGAUUCUCCGGGAACUCGAAGGCGAGGACUGGAACGACCCGUCCGACGUUCCAGUAAGGCCUCAGCCUCAGUCUCAGCCGACGCCAUCGCCGUUACCUCGAGCCGCCGGCUUUCUCUCGCUGCCGCCGUCACCGCCGCAACCCUCGUCCCCGCAAUCACCCAUUUUAUAAUUAAGGU